AUCUCCUACUAAUCAUCUUGAAAAUUUUGCUUAAGAUUUAGACAGUGUUUUGGUUUGAAUUUGCACCAAAGACUGUUGUUCCUGGAGAAGAAGUUGAAGCCGCUGCAAGUGUAGAAGCUAAGAGAGAGUGAGAGACAAAGAACAGGUGAGAUGGAAGGGGUGUUGGUGACGCCGGGAGAAGUGUUGGGAUCGGCUUUGGAGUACAAAGCGGGGAGAGGGGCUUACCUUUCAGGACAGCAUAAGAUUGUGUGCGCCUCCAUCACUGGAUUCCGCUCCUUCGUACCUCCUCCUUCCGACUCUUCAGACCAGAGACUGACUGUGGAGGUUACUGGACAUAAGGCUCAUGGACCUGUUCCUCAGCCAGGUGUUGUUGUUACAGCCAGAGUUACUAAGGUGAUGGCCAGGAUGGCUUCAGCAGAUAUAAUGUGUGUUGGUUUCCAGGCUGUUCGUGAAAAAUUCACUGGUAUCAUCAGGCAACAGGAUGUUAGAGCGACUGAGAUUGACAAAGUUGAUAUGCAUUCAUCCUUUCGCCCGGGUGACAUUGUUAGAGCUUUGGUGCUAUCACUUGGAGACGCACGUGCAUAUUAUCUAUCAACUGCAAAGAAUGAGCUCGGUGUUGUAUCUGCAGAAAGUGUAGCUGGUGCUACCAUGGUUCCGAUAAGUUGGACAGAGAUGCAGUGCCCCCAGACAGGCCAAGUUGAACAGAGAAAGGUUGCUAAGGUUGAAGCUUGACUAACUAAUUGAAGACUAGAGUAGUUGCUGUCUUGUGAUUCGAUUAUUAUUGAAGCCGGAGAACUGUGCAGUGUUAUCCCAGACCUCUAAUGUUGUCAAUGGAAGGUCCUGAUUUAAGAUUGAGGAUGGUAGAUUUGGGUGUUUACAGGGGUCUUUCUUGAUCCAAAGGCAGAAGAAUGACACUGAAAUAGUGAAUAUGAGCUGGAAGCCUUUUUUCUGGUGUUUACAGUGACCUUGCAGCCUAAGAUGUUGUCUGAGUACAUACUUACAGAUGCUUGAGGAUAUGCCUUGAUUAUUUUUCUGCAUGUAUGUUGAGAUCAAUAUUUUAAAUGUGAUGUACAAUAUUUUAAAAUUAACAUACAAUCGUAUUAUUAGUCCUAAAAAUAUGGACAGAAAUCAGAAUAUAAUAUGAACAUAAUGUUUUUAGAUUUAGAAAAUUUGUUUUACUA